UAGGAGAGAGAAAGAAGAAUGUGAUUUGGAAGGGGUACAAUGGGGGUUUCAACUAUAUACAUAAUUUAUUCUAUAAGGUCUGUUGUGAAUAUUUAGCUAUUAUUCUCUAUAUAUUUUUUGUAUCUGAAAUACUUCAUAAUAAAUAUAACUUAAAGAGGUCAGGAAUUUUAUUUUUAAAAAUACAGUUAGCUGUAGGGAAUAUACUAAGGUCAGUUGUCAUUUAGCCAAGUCCUCUGAAAUUAAAACUGAUAUUUCACAGUAAAAACCCAGAGGGGCCACAGAGCUUCAGUCAUCAGAAAGAUUUUUAAUUGUACUUAUCGUAUAGUUCUUAUUGGACAAGACAGUAGACCAACAAUUUUGAGAAAUAUUUUCAAAAAGUUUAUGGUGAACCAAAAAAAGAGGUUGCAACCUGAUAGCGGCAUCUGGGUGGUACUGAGCCUAGAGACUCAUCUUGUUUGGCCUGCAGGGUACUCACAUUUUCAAAAAUAAUGACAGCGUCUUUUUGAGAUUUCAUAUGUUAAAAAUCUGUACUGCCACCUAUUCUUAAGCUAUCAGGAAAUCUGGUAUCCCGAAGCCCUCAUUUCUAUAUGGCAGCAGCUGGCUAUAGCUGAGUAGCAGGUGUUCCUGUUCAAGGGGGCAGGUCCUGUCCAGUUGGCCACUGUCCCCAUCCAGCCAGGUUCCCUCAUUUAUGUUACCUGCCAGGCCCUAGAGGCACUUGAGUUUGCAACCUGUGCAUUAUAUUCCAGUUCUUACUUAAGUAGAUAUUUUCAGUUCUCAAAGAUGUACCUUCUCUUGGGCACUCAGGUUAGUGAGAUCAUUUUACCAGAAUACACACUAAAAGCAUCAUUUGUAAGGUAUUCUGGUAAGAUAGAUUUAAAGAAUAGUAAAUGUGAAUUUUGGUUUGCCACAUUUGUAACAGUGGUCUCCAUGGCAAACAACAUGGCUGAGUAACCCUCAACUGUGCAGCGAUGCACAAAGCUAGCUGAGAGCAAGCUGGUGUUCCUACUAUGCUGUUCCAGCAAUGCUCCCCAGCAGAGCUGUUGAGAAAGAGCAGUUAUUUCUAAAUUAAUUAAAAAUUUUGAUUUAAAAAAAAAAAUGUAUGUCUGCCAUCUGCCUAGCUGCCUACGGUCAAGUUGAAUUUUUAUGCAAAUUGCCUCUCUUCUGUUUUGGUGAGUUUGAGAUGACAACAGCAACACGACAAGAAGUUCUUGGCCUCUACCGCAGCAUUUUCAGACUUGCGAGGAAAUGGCAGGCGGCAUCAGGGCAGACCGAAGACACCAUCACAGAAAAACAGUACAUACUAAAUGAAGCUAGAACGCUGUUUCAGAAAAACAAAAAUCUCACAGACCCAGACCUGAUUAAACAGUGUAUAGAUGAAUGCACAGCCAGGAUUGAAAUUGGACUGCAUUACAGGAUUCCUUAUCCAAGGCCAAUUCAUCUGCCUCCAAUGGGCCUCACCCCACUACGAGGCCGGGGACUUCGAAGCCAGGAGAAACUGAGAAAACUUUCCAAACCAGUAUAUCUCAAGUCUCAUGAUGAAAUUUCCUAAUUCAGAAGAAAUUUAAUUUCUGAGAAUGAUGAGCCAACUACAUCUUGAAUGUAAACCAAAUAACAAAACUCUUCUCUUUGAUUAGGGGUAAAUAUUCAAAUAUCUUCUUAAGACUGCCAAAAUUGGUCCUCACCCCAUGAUGUGUGCUUACACAUCACUAGAGUUUGUCAAGGUCUUGCUGCCUGAGUAGAUGACAUUAACUCUACAGGUCAUGAACCUUACAUCCUCACUGAAGUCACCUUUGGAGACAAGCCUAAGGCGUAUGGGAGGAAGGCUGAAGGGUGACAAAGCUUUUCAUGGGAAUGGCAUUUGCCACACAUGCCAGCUAAUGCCAAGAAAUUAGCCAGUUGCUAGAAGUUCUUGUGGCUACUAUAAAGCUAUAUAACACCCUCAGAACACAUUUAUGACUUUUUUUUUCAAGUUAUUGCUUAAUAGUGGGUGUUUUUUGUGUGUGCUUUUCUGGUUGUCUUUUGACCCUUCCUCUUUCCAGAUAAACUCCCCUUAAAAAGCACAUCACUGGACUGAUCAUGGUUUUUCAUGGAAAUUUUAUGUGUGACCCAUUCCUGUCUUAAGGUUAAAUGCAUGUUUACCUUAUCUCAAAGCCUACAAUCACUUAGGAUCUGAAAAGCUCACUUGAAACUCAUACUGAAUUCAUUAUGAGUAUCUUACCUUAACAUAAUAGAAAACUACCAGGUCCAAGCUGGCUUUCAAAUUACAUCUAAACAGAAAUGAGACAAAUAGAGAUGAAAACACAAAGGAUUUAUACCUCUGCCUGUGUGCAGAAUGGUGAGAACCUUGUGGCAAGUAUUUGUAUAUCAGUGUCAUUCCCUCUUACUUCUAAAGAGGAUGUGCAUCACCAAUAAAGAUAAAUAUCAAUUUUGA